GCGCGUGUCGUCAUCUCAGAGCAGAAGGCGAGGAGUGCCAACAUGGCGUUUACUCUGUACUCCCUGAUUCAAACAGCGAUUCUGUGCACGAAUGCGAUCGCUGUGCUGCACGAGGAGCGAUUCCUCAGUAAAAUUGGCUGGGGAGCAGAUCAGAACAUUGGUGGGUUUGGAGAUGAACCAGGAAUUAAAGCACAACUUUUAAACCUAAUCCGAUCUGUCAGGACAGUCAUGAGAGUGCCUUUGAUAAUAGUAAAUACGGUCUGCAUAGUGUUGCUGUUGCUGUUUGGAUGAAGAAAGUCUGACGUUCAUCUUGGAACAAAAGAUCAAGGACAGACAAAAGAAAAGGACAUUUUUUAUACAUGCGGUUUAUGCUGUUGUUGCGUCAGGUGUCUCAAUGUUGCAUCUCAAGAACAGGCACAACGUUUCUGGGAUUCAUCAUGUGAUUGUUUACUACCGCCAUGUUUUAUAUCUUCAUAUAUAACGUAUAAAUUCUAUUCAUUUGUUUGUAUAAUGUUGCUCAGUAUAAUUCUUGUUUAAAAAGAGCCCCAUAUACUAUGUCAUUUAGUUUUUGUACACAGUUCCCUCUUCAUGUGCAAUCUGGAUCUCCGUGACGUUAUGCAUCUAAAACGUUCAACCAAUUUAGUUCAGCAUGACACUUUCUACUUUAAAGCAAAGAAGUGGCCUUUUACAUAGAGGCAGUUGUGCUUCUUAAAAUGCAUAAAUAACGUGAAACUUAUUUAUGAUGUGUCCGCUUUUCAGUAUUUGAGUUCAAACUCCAUGCAUGUACUAGAUAGAUACAGUGAAUGGUUAAUGCAGACCACUGUGUUGUGUGUACUUUAACCAAAGGGAAAUUGUUUGUAAAAGGAGACUGUAAAGGCGUUGUGAAUUGUCAGUUUUGGUUACACAAUAAGCUUUAACAUGCUUUUGUUACCUAGGCUACUGUGAGCCAGUCAAUGCUUGUCUUAUUUGAUUUUAAUAAAGAAGAUACAUUUUUCAUGUA